UGUGGACAUGGAAGCUGGUUUAUUUUGAGGGCGUAAAUGUAUUUUAAAAAUGCCCUGGAACAGUACUUCUAUUGUCUUUGAUGUUUUCUAAUUGUUGAUUAUCGAUAGCGGAAGUAAUGAACUAAUCAAAUAACUAAUUUAUUUGUUAUCGUGUAGUUGGAGAAACUCUAUAAUCAAGAUGUAUUUUCCGGUAGGGUGGCCAAAAUAUCUGAGGCCAGAUCAAAACAUUGCAUCUCCUAUCCAGUAUAUCGUUAGCAGCAGUGAUCGUAUGUUGUUUGCCGUCGUUGCCGAAGAUAGUAUAACUUUAUGGUACUCGAAACCGUGUGUGCAUAUAGUCAGCCAUUACCAGUCGGACAGUACUUUGGAACAAGUUGGCACGUACGUGGCAGCCGAGUGGAAACCUGAUUCGUCGAUGUUAGCUGUCAUCACAUCUAAACGUCAUGUGGUAUUUUUCCGUGUUGAAAUAGACAUAUCGGUACCAAAUCAUCAUUGUUUAUAUGUCCAACAUGAAGGUAAAACGCCACAAAAUCCGCGUUUUAAUAUUAAUGGCAUUAUGGACAGCGACAGUGUUCCUGCAAUUAAGCUUUUUCAUGAAACUAGCAUUUGUAUGACAGGAGACAUUUCAUGUUGUCUGUGCGUACGCGAUGAAAUAGUUGUCAGUACAAAAAAUGGUUAUUUAAAUAGAUUAAAGUGGAAUGGCAACAAGAACGAAAAAGCAACAUUGCAUUUAAGUGACAUCCCGGUUUCUGUAGACUUGCAACAAUUCAGAGCCUCUAAAUUAAGUGAGAGUGAAGGUUAUGCAGUUAUUAUGGAAUAUAGUCCAACUUUAGGUGGUUAUAGUUUAGUUUUAUCAAGUGGUAAAGCUCUCUUUCUAAUACCUCCAUCAACAAGAGCGGACAGAACUACAGCCCACGCUGUACGAGCCCAGGAUUUGACAGAUGCUGUCACCGUUGCUGUCAAUCAUCGCUAUCGACUGAUUGCAUUUGGGUGUAAGAGUGGGGAGGGUAUUGUUUAUACAAUUGAUGAAGCAGUGGGUGCACUAGAAGUAUCUCAUAAACUUGUCAUAUCUAGUAAGGAAUUUCCUGAUGUUAGUAACAUUGCAGGCCCUGUCAGUUGCAUGAAAUGGACCCCUGAUGGCACAGCCUUGGCACUGACAUGGCAAAAUGGUGGAUUUUCAUUAUGGAGUGUGUUUGGUGCGCUACUAGUUUGUACGUUAGGCGGUGAUUACAUCUUUCAAGAUGAUAGUUCUAUUUUAUAUCCAUCACCUGUUAGGUCUUUAGAAUGGGGACUGGAGGGUUAUCAUCUAUGGAUGGUGUGUAACCCAUUUCAAUCACCAAAAAAUCAUCAAACAAAUGGUUUAGCAGAAAACUCAACCACCCCUUUUCAACCCUCCGAAUUAAUUCAGUUUCAAUUUGCUAAAAGUGCAUUAUCCGUAAAUCCGUGCGUUAGUAAUCAUGAACAUGUUUUUCUUCAGGGGGAGGAUAAACUUUACAUGAGCACUGGGGACACUGUCUCACGAAAUUCUCCACACACAAGAGGAGAUAACUCUUCAAAUGUUGACAUUGGUAACAAACAAUGGCAAGUUAUACCCAUAUCACACAGUUAUUUAGCUACAAAUUGGCCCAUCAGAUACUCCGCUGUUGACCGUGCAGGUCAAUGUUUGGCUGUAGCAGGUAAAACCGGAUUUGCCCAUUAUGCCUUAUUUCAUAGAAAAUGGAAACUGUUCGGUAAUGAGACUCAGGAACGGGACAUGGUUGUGUCAGGUGGUAUAACUUGGUGGAAAGAUUUUAUAUGUUUAGCCUGUUACAAUAUUCCAGGUCAGCAAGACGAGAUUAGAUUUUAUCCACGAAGUAGUAAACUUGACAAUAACUUUGCCCAUGUUACUAAAAUACCAUCCCAGGUUUUAUUGUUAAAUACUUUCCGUGACAUGUUAAUUAUAUUCUGUGCUGAUAGUCAUGUCAUGCUCUUUAAUAUCGAGAGAAAAAACACUCAGCCUAACGCUACAGUUAUAGUACACAAAACUCAAGAAGUGUCGCUCAAUAAUUUUAUCCCUCACCCAUUAUGUGUUGCAGGGUUGACACUGACUUCUCUAGCUUCAGAAACUGUUGCUAAAACUCAUCAUCAUCCAUCGAAGGAAGCAGAGAGUAUGUUACUAAAUGUUUCAGGUAAACUUCUAAUGUUCCAACGUGACAGAUCAAAUCAACAAUCACCACAAAAUGAUGAGCGUAAACAUCGACCCCUCCCCUUUUAUUCUCCUAGCGUUGUAGCGACAUCUGUAGAAAAUAUCUGGGCGACAUCAAAAGCCAAUACCGGUAAAAUGCAACUAAUGGAAGCUUUAUGGCUAGGAUGUGGCGCUCAUGGUAUGAAAGUAUGGUUACCACUCUACCCACGAAAUGACAGUAAGGCUCAUAAUUUUAUGUCUAAGAGAAUUAUGCUCCCUUUCAAAGUCGACAUUUAUCCGCUAGCUGUACUAUUUGAAGAUGCUGUCAUCCUUGGUGCUGCAUCAGAUUCUGUAUUCUAUGAAAGUACUUUAACCACAACUGCUGUCAUAGAAGGGGAAAGAAUUGGACAUCUGCCAUAUUGUACAUUAGAACGAACAAGUCAAAUAUAUCUUCAGCACAUCUUACGACAAUUAUUGAGAAGAAAUUUAGGAUUUCAUGCAUUAGAUUUAGCAAGAUGCUGCACUGAGCUUCCAUAUUUUCCUCAUGUCUUGGAAUUAUUGCUUCAUGGUGUUUUAGAAGCAGAGGCGACAUCAAAAGCCCCAAUUCCUGACCCGUUAUUACCAAGAGUUGUGGCAUUUAUUCAAGAAUUUCCAGAAUUCUUGCAAACAGUUGUCCAUUGUGCCAGAAAAACUGAAGUUGCUUUGUGGCCUUAUUUAUUCUCCACUGUAGGUAAUCCUCGAGAUUUAUUUGAAGCAUGUUUAGAAGACGGUGGGAAUUUAGAAACUGCUGCUUCUUACCUCCUUAUUUUACAGAAUCUAGAAAGUCCGAAAAUCAGCCGACAGUAUGCUUCAAAACUUCUAGAAGCUUCCCUUGAGUCAAAUAGCUGGGAACUUUGUCGAGAUUUAGUUCGGUUUCUUCAAGCAAUAGAUCCAAAUGAUGUUGACAAUCCUCCACAUGUUGGAGCAUUUAAUCGUAUGUCAGGUUCAUCCGGAUACCCCAGUGCAAAAAGUUAUCCUAGUCCUCCAAUAACUCCAACAGACAGCGGUGGAUUUACCUUCAGUAAUGUUAGUAAUAUUGGUCGUGUGCGAACUGCAAGUAUCGCCGGAGACACUGGUAUGAGAGAUAUACCUCGUCCUAAAGAAAAGCUCAAACACACUGUCUCAGAUUCACAAGUACCUUCUGGCAAAAAAACAUUACAAAGAUCCAAAUCUGUGGAGCCCAGUGCUGAGAAGGUUUACAUUGAUAUGAUAUUGUGUCGUCAUGCUCGGAAAUUGCUCAGCUCAAACCAAAUACGGACCUUGGGAUAUUAUUCUGCCAACAUGCAGGGUUUCCAACUAGUAUCAUGGUUAAGACGAGAGAGGGUUAGGGCAGCUAAAUUAGAAGAUUUUGUGACAGCAUUGCGUGACAUCCACCAACAGUUUGAAUGGCCAUUACCAAUAUUAUCCUAUAUGACUUACAAUCAGAUGAAAAAAGACAUGGCCAUAUCAGUAUCAAGUUUAGCAUCUUCAUCUUUUCUAGAAGAUGAUCUUCUCAGUCCUAUGAACGAUUCAGAUAAAGUUACAACUGUUGAAAGUAGCUUUGCCAUGGCCUCUAUCACAUCAUCUAAUAAUCCUCCUUCAGAAUCGUUCAUGUCACAUUCGAACUCGGAUGAUGUCAUUCUUCGUCCCCAGAUGUCUAAAACUGAAGACAGUAGUCUGGCUACCAUGGAAAUAUCAGAUAGUAGUUCUUUACUUGGAGAAUAUGAUAUGGUUGGGGAUGUUGCUUUAGGCUCCGAACAGCAGGAGACACAUGACCUUGAGAUGAUGACCCAGGAGAUGGCCAAUCGUGGAUCACCGCAAUCAGAGAUUGAAUUACGUUAUUUAUUACAAAUAUUCCUGGAAGCUGGAUGUUUGGAGUGGGCGCUUGUGAUUGCUAUUGUGUUAAGGGACAAUUUAGGUGUGUCUCGGACUGUAAAUACAGCUAGUUUGACCGACACACAAAUUGACAUGGUGGGAAGAAUGAGAGAAGGCUUGUCGUAUUUAGAACUGUGGGCUGAUACAGAAUGUGUGGGUUACAAACCUUUCUUCCAUUCGAUACGUACUCAAAUUCAGGUUUUAGCUAAAAUUAGCGAACAAUCAGUCAAUGACACUAAUCUGUCUGUAUCCACAUGUGAUUCUCCAACGUUUGAUUUAGAGGAAGGAAACUCAUCCCCAGUAAUACAGACAAUGCGAUCAGAUCACGAAACAUCAUCAGAACAAGAAUUAGAAGGAGAAGAAAAACACAGUGACUGUACUAUAUCAUAAUUGUUGUAUGGUGUUUAGGAAAAUUUAAUUUAAAGACAUUAACGACAUAAAUAUCACUCUUUU